AUGCCAGUUUUUCUUGCUCCAAUUUCACCACCCAUCUCUACUCAACCUGCUUCAACCUCACCACUUCCUCCACCAGUUAUUACUUUCCCAAUCUCAACUGCUCCACUACCACCUCCCAUUAUUUUUCAAGUCACAACAACCACUACAACCGAACCUCCGGCUCGUGUCAACGUAUCUGAUAUGGGAGCACCUACCGUUGGCACCGAAACCCCUAUUACCCCCAAACCACUCUCACCAUCUUCUUCAACCGAUUCUGAACCUAUUCUCAGUGGUGAUAACUUUCAUUUUAACUCAACCUACUACAGUCCGUAUCGGCUUCCAUGUGAAGAUGAAGAUGAUGCUCCGGAUUUUCUAGACACAGCUCUUCAACAGUAUAGUGCUUCCAUUGAUAAAUCUAGAAAGGCUAUGGAUGCCUCCACUUCUUCCUGCAAGAAAGCAAUAGCAGAUGUGAUAGAACUUAUUCAUGAUUCAAAGGUUUUCUUUGAAUCACUCAAAGGUCACGCAGACUCCAAUGCUUCCAAAGUCAAUGCUACUGUCGAUUUGCUCUCAAAGUUGCUUCAAGAGGAGAACACAAAGUUUGACUCUGUUCGUUCUAGAUUCCAAGUUGAUCACACUACCUUUCUUUCUUCGGUUAACACAUGCUUAGAUAAGCUUUAG